AUGAUCUUCGCCGUCCGUCAACUUCAGGAGAAGUGCCAGGAGAUGCGGACCCACCUGUAUUCUACCAUCGUCGACCUGACAAAAGCCUUCGACACGGACGCCUACCGUGAUGAGCACCGCGGCAUCAGCAUAGCCAACAGGACGGACGAUCACCUCCUGAAUCAACGGCGGAUGCACUUCCACUCGCGCAUCUCCACGAACACAUCACGAACUUCUCUUCGCCGACGAGUGUGCCCUGAACACCACCUCGGAAGAGGAGAUGCAAUGGAGCAUGGACAUUUUCUCUACCACCUGCGAGAAAUUCGGUCUGAUCAUCAACUCGCAGAAGACGGUGAUGAUACAUCAACCGCCACCCAACUGAGCCACACCCCCGAAAGCGCCGCAAAUCAGGGUGAAUGGAACCCAACUGCAAGUGGUGGAGAACUUCCCGUACCUGGGCAGUGCCCUCUUCCGCAACACCAAGAUCGAUGA